AUGAUAAUCAAAGAAACCUUUGUUCCUCCUAAACCGCUUUCUAAAAAACAAUCAAUUGCUCAGGACAUUUGGGAGCUUGUCAAACCUGAUCUACUCUUACUUGGUCUUAUUAUUCUUACUGCUAUUGGUGCAGCUAUCAUUCAGCUGCAAACACCUCUUGUCACUGGUGAAUUGAUCAAUAUUUUAUCUCGUAGUGUUCAAGCUGCUACAGGCUCACUUACUAUCCGCGACUUGAAUGGACCUGCCAUGAAAUUAUUUGGACUUUUAUCUGCUCAAGGAUUGUUAACAUUUGCUCAUAUUGCACUCGUCUCUGCUUUUGGUGAAAAUGUUGCUAAAAGAUUGAGAUCCAAGCUAUUUGCUGCUAUUAUUCGACAGGAUAUUUCGUUCUUUGACUGUCAUCGUAGUGGUGAACUUGUGAGUCGACUGACAGCUGACGUUUCUGAUUUCAAGAGUACUUUUAAACAAUUGGUCACACAAGGACUUAAAUCAGUUACUCAAACCAUUGGAUCAUCUAUUCAACUCUUUCGCAUCUCCACUUCACUUACUUUGACCAUGUUAGGAACAAUGCCUGUACUUUAUAUUUUGCUUAACGUAUAUGGUGCUUAUUUACGUAAAUUAAGCAAGCACAAUAAGCAGUUGGAUGGAUACUCAGGUGGUGUAGCAGGUGAAGUGGUCACAAAUAUGCGAACUGUACGUGCAUUUGCCUCAGAAGAUCGUGAAAUAGAACAUUAUGGAAAGACGUGCAAUCAAGUAGCUAAAGCGAACCAACAUUUAGGCUUACAUAUUGGUCUUUUUCAAGGACUAACCAACAUAUCUAUUGGCUGUAUGGUCUUGACUGUACUUUAUUAUGGUGGAUCAUUAGUUGUUGAAAACAAAUUAACCAGUGGCGACCUCAUGUCUUACAUGCUAUCUACUCAAACAGCUCAGCAGUCUUUGGUCUCGCUUGGUGUUCUGUUUGGUCAAUCAAUUAAGGCAGCAGCAUCAGCUUCCCGUGUGUUUGAGUUUAUUCAUUUGCACCCCAAUGUGCCUUUGAGAGGUGGUAUCAUCAUGGACCAUGUCCAAGGUGAUGUUGUAUUUGAUCAUAUUGAUUUCAGUUAUCCUUCUCGUCCUGAUCAUAAAGUCUUGGAUGGAUUCAGUCUUUCUGUGCCUCAAGGUACUACUGUGGCUCUUUGUGGUCCUUCUGGUUCAGGUAAAUCUACUAUUGCUUCUUUACUAGAGCGCUUUUAUGAGCCUGAAGAUGGUCAGAUUUUGUUGGAUGGUCAUGAUUUGAAGACAUUGGAUCCUUCUUGGUUAAGACACCAUAUUGGUUUUAUCAAUCAAGAGCCUGUUUUGUUUGCUACUUCUAUUUUAGAAAACAUUCGUUAUGGAAGACCUGAUGCCACUAUGGAAGAAGUCAAAGAGGCUGCUCGCCAAGCCAAUGCUCAAGUGUUUAUUGAAACUUUUCCUGAUGGAUAUGACACAGUAGUAGGUGAACGUGGUGCUGCUCUUUCUGGAGGUCAAAAGCAGCGUAUUGCUAUUGCCCGUGCUAUCUUAAAAGACCCCAAGAUCUUGAUUUUAGAUGAAGCUACUUCUGCUCUUGAUACUCAAAGUGAAAAGAUGGUGCAGGAGGCCCUUGAUAAACUGAUGCAUGGUAGAACUGUACUUGUGAUUGCUCAUCGCCUUUCUACCAUUCGAAAGGCUGAUAUGAUUGUUGUCAUGGGCAGAACUCCCGGCAAUAUUCUCGAGAAAGGUAACCUGAAUACCAUGCACUCAUACUGA